AUUGGCCAUCUUGGAAUUGGCAAACUAUCGCUGUGGAGGAUGGAGGAUGGAGAAAGAAUUGUGCCUUUGAAUUGUCAUCCUAAUAACUACAAAAAUAUGAUCUCUCCACUGUUUUUUUCAAGGUGCUGCAAUGACUUCCCAAAAGAGGACCACACCAGCUGUAGCAAAAGGCUCUGGAUUCUGGCAUGUUCCUGUUGUGACUAAAUACUGCCAGGAAACACAAGAGCUGCUAAAAGUGAUGAUGGAAGAAUCAAAACUUAGCAACUUCCAGCAACGUCAUCUUAUAAACUGCAUGAAACGAGGUGACUCAUUGCCUACCCACUGCAGCCCAACAUCCAGCAGAGAACCACAGCUUCCAAAACCAGUCUCACCACCAAGGGUUGUUUUGACCAUCAGUUCAUAUGGUAGACCUCACCUCCGGCCUGCUGAGAUCUGCCGGGCAGGCGAUGCAUAUACCCGAGAAAAAUUCAGGCCCCAAGCCACUCGAGACUUGGAGAAGGAGAAGGAAAGACUCCAAAACAUCUUAGCAACAGGGAAAGAUAAGGUAGAAAAACCACGACAGAAGAUGCUAGUCAAGGUGGAAGAAGAGGUACCAGAACUGGACAGGUUUGAUGAAUUGGUGAAUGAAAUUCAAGAUCGACAGAAGUUUCUGGCAGAGAUGAAGGCUCUGGGACAGGGCAAGUUUUACCAAGGAAUUAUUCUCACUGAAAUAUCACAGAAGCUGCGGGAGAUGGAGAUCAUUGACAAGCAGAGAAGCACUGAACUGAAAGAGGCAUUGGCGAAAUCCUUCAAUGUAGGCAAUGAGCCUAAUUCUCAAGAAGCCCAGUAAUUAUUUCCAGGCUUAGCAUACAGCUAUUGGGUUUUUAGUUUUUUCUGCUGCCAGAACUAGAACUUCUGCGAAACUGUAUCAACAGGUCUUAAUGGUGCAGUCUUGACCUUUUAGUGGCAAACAACUAUAGGAGUGCUUCAGUCUCCGGGGGUGUGUGUUGUGAACUUAGAUUAGAAACACUCUGUUCAUAGCAUUUAACCAAAAGAGGCCUUUUCAGGGAUGUGGUUUAAAUGAAGCCAUUUGAUUGUGGGCAGAGAAUAGUAAGGAUAUGCCCUUCUUCUUUUAGCGGGCCAGGCAGAAAUGAAAGAAUCUCAGCAUACCUAUCUAGCCUCCAAAACAGAAUAACGGUAUGUUGUUUUCUAGCAUUUUGUUUUUCUGCUUAUUCUAAUCCAAACACAAUUCUGGUCAAACAUUUUGGUAGAUGUCCAAAACCUGUAGUGUUCACCUAAAAGUGGAGCGUAGCACUCCCAUUUCUCAUUUAGAAUUCCUGUGUUUAAUUAGUGCACAGCAGAUAGUUGUGGCUGCUGGCACAGAGAGGGCAGGUCUCAGAGCACUUUACUCAGUCAUGACCCCUCUUUUCUGAAUUCUUUGGCCAUUGCAGUGAGAUUGUGGAUAUAAAUGAAUUUGUCAGGGCCAACCUGGAUAUGAUGGGUUGUUUAUUUAUGUAUCUGCUUCAUUCAUGUCUAAAGCAGAGAGGUUUCACUUCUACAACAAGGUGGGGGCAAGAGAAGCCACUCUCUUCCGUGCUUGAACUCACCAUACCCUGCCACUUGAACCACUUUUUGGCCCAGUCCAGUUCCUUAUUAGCCUCAGAAAUGGGCUGACAGAAAAGUAAUCGAACACAAGGUAAUACAAAGGAGGAGCAUCCAGCUCCUUCACUUUCACAAUGUUUCACUGAAGAAAGUGCAGCCCAUACUCCAGUUUAGAUGUGACUGGAGAACUCACACCCUAAGACCAAACAUAGUUGUUCCAUUCAAGUGUAGUGUAGCCCUUGGCUGCUG